CCAGAUCAGCCGACACUCGAGUCCCCGAAGCCUUUGCGUCCCUUCCUUGGCGCGACGAGACGAUCGAUCUCUUCUCUUCGCAGACUCGUGAGACGAGAAGCUUGUGGCAAUCGGUUGGUCGGAGGGAUUUGCGGGUGAAUUUGGGGUGUCAGCCGCGAAGUUCGUCCGAUUGUCUGAUUGUCCUGAGAGCCCAAGAAGACAACAAUAUACAGAGAGACCGAACGGAACGCUCGACUUGUCGGUGAUCGGGAGGAGAUUGAGACGGUCGGGUCGGAGAAUAUUUGAACUCGUGAACUUGGACGACCGAGGACCUCGAAGCGAUGAAUUUUGUUCUAGCCCCCUUCAUUGGUCCUUUUUUGUACUGUGUCGUGGUCGUCUCUGGAUGUGUCUUGUACUUUCAUCACAACUGCGUAGAUCGACGCCGGAAAACUGCUGAGGAGUCGGUGCUUGAGGUUCCACUAAGUGAAAAGAACAUGGAGACAAAACAAACGCGGUGAAGAAGCAUGGCAUGGGACAUUGUCGUAAAGCAAACGUGGGUUUUUGUACUUGUCAGAAGUCCCUACCAUUCAGGACCGAUCAGGCGAAAGAACAGUAUCUAGUGAUGCUUCCAAUCGAGCAUCACGAUUCCACGUGGAGCAAUAUCCGAUGGAUACAGCUGUCUCUUGGUUGCGGAGUUGUGUGAUAUGUGUGGAAAGAAGGAUUUUGAGGAGACGAGCGUGACCCAGCAACGCAGUAACGAGGGAAGUCUGAGAACUUGCAAUUUACCUUUUGAUACCGGGAAUGGCUUGUAUACCUCCAGACAAUCUUGUUGUACAUAUGGUAAAGAGAACGCUGUCACGAGUUUGUGUAUUUGUUUGAAAGGUGGAUGUUGAGGAGACGAACAUGAUUCAGCAAACUGAAAAGGAGCUAGUUUGAGAUAUAGACUGCAACAUAGAAUGGCCAAUAUACAAUUUUUAAUGCAAGGAUGGCACCAUUACCACCAUGU